GGGGCGUGCAAUGAAUCCGCCUCCUGCACUGGCACCCCGGCCUGGUAGCCAAACCUGGCCCUCGUCGAUCUUCGCCGCGUCCCGGCGCCCCUCCGCAGCCCGCACCAUCGUACAGCUCGAUGCGAAGGGACGCACCUACAGCUCCGCCGUAUCGGCGUUAAACUUCCUGGCCCUCUCGGGAGGCGUAGCCGGCACCGAACCUCCGCCACCACCACCACCAUCUGCGGUGGUGCCUCCGAUCGUAACGAUCGGUGAGGUGGCCCGGGUUCCACUAUCACCGACACCAUUCGUGCCUCAACAGCAACAGCAACAGCAGCAACAGCGACGAACAACGGUUGGUUUCGUCCACGCGAGACCCAUCGAUGGAGACACUAGUAGUAGCAGCAGCGGUGCACACCACCGUACGCACCGCUCCGAGUCGCUCAAGAUCGACAACUGGGACUACAUCUACACGGAGAAGUGCACGACGACGCGAUCGGUGCUCCACGCGCCCAACACCGGCAGCUGCUUGUUCGGGGUCGGUGCGCUGGCCGCUUCGGCUACGAUAGCGACCGCAACGGUUGCGACCGGCCAACCGCACCACCAUCACCAUCAGCUGCUGCAACACCAUCAUCACCUACACCAUCACCACCAUCCUGGCUGCUCCCUGCCCUGUAGCGAACACCGGUGCAUCUCGGGGCAGGCCGCGGCCAAGGUGUCGACGCUGCGGCGCCACUACUACCCCGAGGGUGCCUGGGGUUGGAUCGUGCUGGCGGUCGCGACGCUCCAGGCCAUCCUGAACCACGGCGUACAGCUGGCCGGUCCGCUCUAUCUGCUGCCCGCCGGUCACCGCUUCCAUCAACCGGCCGUCAACAGCUGCGGUAAGUGGCCUGCUAUUGCUAUUUGA